AUUUGGUGACCAUUUGCAUGAAGUAGCUUACUGUGAGACUUAUACUUCACCAUGCUUCAUCUAGUGACUGUCGUCCUGCUGGUCCUCUCCGUACACUCAGGGGAGAGCCUGAAAUGCUACGUGUGUUCUUCAAGAAUGGACCCGAACUGUAAGGAUCCAUUUAACAAGGAUUACAACAUACAUCAACUGGAAGACUGUACACACGAGUCCAUGCAGAACAUCAGAGAGAAGAUUCCCGGUCUGUACUACAGCGCCUACCACGGUGUUCAGCCCAGCGACUUCGUCUGCAUGAAGGCUGUCACUAAACGAGACGACGGUGAUGAGGUUGUCCGAAGCUGCACUAUACCCCGUGCGGACACGUUCGACGUCUGCGCCCAGCUCAAGUCUAAGGACACUUUCUGCAGGACCUGUCUCGGGGAUGCGUGCAACUCUGCGGUCGUCCUGUCGAGGUCUCUAAUCAUCACCUUCCUGCCUGUGUGUGUGGGAGUCCUGGGGUUCCUCAAACAAUAGAGUGACGUCAUCCAGAGAUUGUGGAAACAGAGACUGCUUUGACAAGAAAAACUUUGUUUCAAAUUGUGUUAUAGAUUCGUUAUAAUUUAUCUUUGCAGCCCUUACGACCUGAACUACUCUCACAUAUACCCAGGAUGUAGAUUCAUACCCAAAUGUGUAACUUUUCACAAGAAAUACAAUACAUCGUUUGGUUCGUCCCCGAUUUAUUUCGAUGUAGUUUUGAAUUAGUAAGCUUAUGUAUACUGAUUGUUAUAUACGACAAUUAAUUUCUGUGUCCUGCACUGUAUACCCAGAAUGCAACCUCAUACCUAAAUAUUCAAUCUAUGCCAAUCUUUGCACAGAGAAUAUAACACUUAAACAAAUCGCCAUCUAACUCAUCAACCUUAUUUAAUUCAUGUCAAUGUAGUAAUAUAAUUAAUUACUAAGCAUUUGUACACUCGUUUUCGUAAUUUAUCUAAUACUAAACUGUAGGUAAACUAUGUAAAUUGUUCUAGCUUGUAAUAACUGUUUAGUGUACGAAUUAACAAUUAAGUAACCUUGUUACAAAUGUAGGUUAAGUAGUAAUUUACUAAUACUGCAUAAGGUUCAUUUAAAAUAACUUAGUAGUGCGUAAAAAUACUAAUAACGCUGUUUUGUAUAGUGUAGACCAUGUAUUAAUAAAAAUAACUCUAAAAAGAUAUCUGCAAUCAUUCUAAGAACGACGUUGUUUGCCAAGUUUAUGCUUAAGAGAAGCUGUUCCAACUAAAAUAAAAAAAAACAUUGUAAAUAAACCUAAUUGAAAAAGAUAAAUUAUUUUACUUAUACCAUUGACUCAU